AUGUUGGAAGAUACCGAGCGGAUAGCCGCCCUUGAGAAGGAGGUUGGAGAACUCCGGCAGAAGCUCGCAGAGGUGGAGCGGCUCGCCAAGAGGAAAGGGUUCAUGGCCGUCAUGAUGGAGUACGGCGCCCCAUUUGCCCUUUGGUACGCCUUCUGCUGGUCUGGGAGCCUUGUGUCGCUGUACUUCUUGCUCGAGUACGAGGUCGUAUCAUGGCAAGAGUCCCUGAAGCCCUUCUUCCAGGGCCUCGGCCUGGAUGCCUACACGGACCGCAUCGACGCCAGCACGGGGAACAUGGUCAUCGCCUUCAUGGUGAACGAACUGCUGGAGGCGGUGCGCUUUCCGCUGGUCCUGGCCACCUCAGCGCCCAUCAUCCGAUGGUCCGCCCGCUUCCGGAAAUCUCCGACCGCUGCGAGUGCAGCUGCGGGUGCCGGUCGGGCAGCGCCCUAG